AAAAAAAAUAUCCUGCUAACUUUGAUAAAUAAGAACCUUUUGGGAUAAAGUAAAGCAAAAAAUAAUAACUUUUGAUGAACAAAAUAAACGUAUAAUAACUUGUAUAAAUUAGUUUAUAGAUGUUAUCCAUUAGAAAUUGGUUUUGGUGCAUGGAUUGGAUUGGAGUAAGAAAAAGGUUUGGUUAAUGCAAUGAUAAGUGGAGGUGAUCCACUAAUUUGUAGAAGGUGGUGAAGAUGGAAAUCCGUUUUGUGUGGAGGUAUUUUGGUUAGGGAAGGGUGAAAGAAUGACAGGAGAAAAUCGAAAAAUAAAAAAGAAGGUUGAUGAAGGGACAGGUAGAUAAUUAAGUAGGAAUUGUUAAUAAGCGGUCAACGGUGAUAAUUUGAAGGUUAGGGAAGUGAGUAAGAUAAGAAAGAAAAGAAGGGUAUUUGGAGGGAGUCCAACGUGGGACCCGGCACCGUUUGCUCCAUCACGGAGUCCAGCUCAUACCGUUAUUUUAAUACUCUAAUUUUCUUCGCUUGGUUCUUUUCAUUUUCAAACAUUACUUUCUCUCUUCCUCUUUCUCUUCUUCUCCUUACUCCUCUCCCUCUCCGCCAUCAUGAUUAAUUUUUUCUUCAACAAGAGGAGUGCCUCCUCUCAUUCUCAACACCACCAUCACCCGCUGCUCUUGGGCCUGGGCCUGGGCCUGGGCCUCGCCACGCGAGACCUCCACACGCCUCCCAAUGUUCUCCAAUCCGCCAUGCUCAGGCCCAACGCCGCUCCUACCUCCGAGAACGACAACAGAUUAGUUCCCGUUGGAUCUAACGGCUUGACUUCUUGCACCGAGAGUCUAGGGUUUGAGAGCUCCGACGAGAUUCACGGCGACGCCAAUGCCGCCGCUGAGAACGAUGAGAUUUCGCGGAGGAGGGUCACAUUGAAGGCGGAGGCCAGAGCCAAGGUGCGCUCCUUCCCGCCGCCGCUUACGUCGCUGAGCCGCGACGGGAAACCGAGUUUUUAUCUCCGGGCGGUGAGGAAAGACGGGAGGUUGGAGUUGACGGAGGUGAGGAUAGAGCGGACGGAGAUUCUGCGCGCUUCGAGGCACAACGGAAGGUUGACAUUGCAUCUGGUGGCGGAUCUGGAAGAUGUGGAGGAAGAGGAAGAGGAAGAGGAAGAGGAAGAGGAAGAAGAGGAAGAAAUGGAAGAAGAUAGGGUUAGGGUUAGGGUUGAGGAGUGGAAGUUUCCGGUGGAGGGAGUGAGGAGGUGUCACGAGAUGGUGGUGAAGCAGCAUGGCGAUAUGCGAAUGUGUGGAAUCAGCAUUGUGUGACAUGAGGAGGACACGUGGCGGCCACGUGGAUGAAUGAUUUGAUUUUACCUAGAACGGAACGGAACUGGGGUUGGGCUGCAUGCGGGGAAACGACACUAGGGAAUAAUGCCGUGUAAUUAUUUAACUGCGUUUUGUGUUGUUAAGCAGUGGAGAGAGAGUAGAAGAAGAAGAAGUAGAGGAUGGGAAUUUAUCAAAAUUUUCAACUGUUACAUAAGACAAAAUCAAAAUUUUAGCAUCCUGUCCAUUAAUGAAAAUAACUCCAGUUCUUUUACCUCUCUUGUAUCAAUCGCCAUACGAGUCAGAGCCAGAGUGAUCACUGAUCGCUAUUUUGGUGGAAAAAAAAUGAGUUCGGCGGCCCCAUUUCAAGGGUCUUUCUUCCGCAUGCUAAAACUUGUUCUCCAAAUAUCUGAAUUUUGGGUUAUUUUUCAAAGAGUCUUUCAAAAAUGUUGUUGGCAUGACAUCAAAACAUUGUGAGAGAAAAGGGGUUAUUGUUUGAAGCAUCAUUUGUGAGGAAGAACCAAAUGUUGGAGCCUACAAAGUUGUCCCUACAUAGAGAAAUGUUGGACAUUGUUUCAUUUAUUAAAAGAUAAAAGGAGUAUAUGAUCCAACAUGCAAGAAGGGAUCUUUUGUUAGUGUAUACGAUUGAGUAUUUGGGUUUCCAAAAUACUGGAAAGUGCCUUGAAUUAUUGCUAUUUGACUCAGACUUAUUUUAAAAAAGUCGAGGCAUUUCGAAUUGUUUGUUGACACGGACAAAGUCAAAAAAAAAUUCUGAAAUUUUUUUCAUA